AUGGCGGUGCGGUGGCAGCUGCGGCAGCUCUUCCAGGAGCCGCAGAUUCGGGGGGUUAUCACGGUGGAGCGGCCGCCGUCCCCGCCGCCUCCCGCGCGGGUCUUGCCCCCGCCGGUCUUGCCCCCGCCGCUGUCCGGAGGGGCGGCGCCUCCGCCUGGACGGCGGGGCCUGCUGCCGGAGGAGUGCGCCAUGUUCCAGUGCCGCGGCUGCCGGACCGUGCUGGGGGACUCUCUGCACCUGUGCGCGCAGGAGCAGCAGUGCCUCGGCCUCCUCGUCUGCUUCAAAGUCACCAACGACGUAUCCUGCGAGGAUUCGCUUAUGUUCGGCCUCGAGGGAGCCCUGCUGGGAUGUGCUUACCAUGCACUGUCCUGUCGGUCCUGUGGCUUGAUUGUGGGCUUCAUUCUUUACUCUUCCUCCAGCAAGCUGGCAUAUCUCCGAGGCCUCUUCUCCUUCUUCAAGGACAGCAUCCUCUGUUACCUCUUAAAAAACCAAAAGACAAUAGAAGCUUCUAAGGUGAACUUUCCUGCCGUGUCCUUAAAGGAGGAAAUGUGUCAACUGAAAAAAAGGCUCCUGCAGGUCAAUGUUCACAUUGAAGUGCUGAUGAAGAAGGUGGAAGAGCUGGAACAAAAGCGUAACAAAGCAGAAAGGCAAAGCUCUGCGCCAGCUGCAGCUGGCCUACAGCCAGGAUAUGCAACAGUCAGAGUCACCUAGUAACUGCUGGACUUGUUUCUGCAUCUCUGCUGAGUUUGUCCGUUAAGAUGAAAUGCACCAGAACAGGUUUGAGCAUUGAUCUGUCACUGUCUGGGUAUGGAAUGAAACUAAGCUCAAGUGCAUCCCCUCAGCCCGAGGAGAACACGUGAAAAACUGAUGCACUGAGGUUACGCUUGGAGAAGACGAGAAGCUCACCCAUGCAGCACGUCACUCUUUGAGACAGUAACUAUGACCUUGAUGCUCUCUAAUGACUUCAUGGCGGGGGGGGGGAAAGUAGCCUUUGAAAUCCUGGAAUCAGGUUUCUGGAAGCAUUCACAACAUACUAACAGAUGUGUGUGUGGCCUGCACAAGGAGCAAGCUCACACGUCUCGGAAGCCCCACCGCGUGCUUAGUGCGUGAAUCUGUGGCACAGCGCUGGCUGGAGCACAACGUUUUGGAUUUCAAAUUCAAGGCCAAGCCACGUGCCUGCCAAGUCCCCCUGGAAGUGCAGCCUCAGCUGCACAGGACUGAGUCAAUUCUGGCAGCUCUAUGAAGCUCAGGCUGUGAGUAUCUGCCUCUAAGAGAUCUGAGCCUUUUUCUUAGGGGUUGAAGCUGUGACACCAAGGAACAGCCUUUUCCUUCUGCUCAGUCAUGGGAAUGUUGCUCUGUGAUGUUCUGCCUGUUGCCUUCCUGUAGCCACUCAAGAUGUUUCAUAAAAAAUACCAAAUGGAUCCUCACUGGCAUGGCUGUGUUUGGAAAGGGUUCUGCUGCUGUCCAAACAUCUAACUUAUGGAACACCGUUUACCCCUUGUUAUUGGGGCAAAAGAUCUUUAUCCCUAGUUUUUAUUAGUUGUAAGAUGAACUCCUCUCCCUUUAACUGAAUAAAGGACCGAUGUUUUAAGGUUUUCAUAAAGUUUAGUAGUUGCUAAUACUUGAGAGGACUGUUAUUUACUUGAUCAGCUUAAAUCCAGGGAUGCAGUUUGCCAGUCCCUUAUUUCUGCCUCCAUCUAUGAGUGGCACAUUGCACUCCCUGUUGUUGCUGAUGCUGGUACUCCCUAUAUUUCAUGCUGUUAAUUGUUUAGUUUGUAAAAUAACUCACUGCAGGGCACAUCAGAGGCUUCAGGUAGGCAGCUGGUCCUUCUGCUCGUGUUCUCUCCUGCUUUUUGAUUAAGCCUUCUAGGUUGUCUCAGUAUGUUUUGAUUAAGCAGUAACAGGAUAUCAGCAGCCAUUCUGCAGGGAAAGGAGGGGCUCUCUGUUCAAUUCUAAUAAUCUAUGCUGGCUCAGUUAUUUGUGCUUGUAUUGUACAAAUUUGACAGGCACAAGUGUAAAAAUGCAGUGCUUUUCAAUGACAGCUGAGGAUAUCAAAAGCUACCUGAAAGAGAAGUGAUGCUCUUGUGAGGUCUGUUGCAUUGCCCUUACCAGAAGGUUGUUCUUAACGGUUGUCACAGCAUGUAAAGCUGGGACUUGGUGUAUUUGCUUAUUUCAUUAUUAAGAAUAAAGGCUUUUUAAAGUUGUGUUAUGCAGGGACUUCUGCAUUAUGUUUGUGGGCCUGUUGGUUUCUAAGAGGGCUCUUGUGAGCAAGCUCAUUUUCUCCAAGCAUCUCUCUUAAGUCUUUUCCAUUGUGUGACAUCACCUUGUUACUUCCUAACAACAGGACUACUCACUUUUGCCUUUUCAUUCUGGCUGCUGGGUGGAGACUGUUUCUUGCUCUAUACUUCACAUUUG